AUGAAGAGGACAGGCUCACUUGUAUUCCUUGUCACUUUGCUUAUUAUAUUUGUGGCAGUUGUGAUCAAUCAGACAAGAGCAGAGUCAUGCAACGAUGUCGUAGGCACUUGUGAAAACUGCGACGAAAGGUGUAAGGCCAAGCACGGGCCAUCGUGCAUUAGCAGAUGCGACGGACAAUUUGGGGUAUUUUUGUGCACAUGCACUUACGAGUGUGUGCCACCUUCACCCCCUUCACCCCCUAAAGUUUGUAACGGUGGAACUAGUACAAUGUGCAGUCAAAAUUGUCCUGAGAAAUGUUGUGAUACGAACUGCGCACAAAAAUAUAGUGGUGGACGUGGAUUUUGUAAUUCCCUUGGUAAUUUUAAUUUGUGCCAAUGUCAGUAUCCUUGCUAA